ACGAGCGAGAUGAGGCGGGCGGCGACCCCGCUGGGCUCGGCGAACCCAGCCGGCCAACGGACUCCGUCCGGACCUCCCAGCAGGCGAGACCACCCGCUGAAUUUAAGCAUAUUACUAAGCGGAGGAAAAGAAAACAACCGUGAUUCCUUUGGUAGCGGCGAGCGACCAAGGAAAAGCCCAGGCUUGAAAUCCGAGGGCCCCCGGCCCUCCGAAUUGUAGUCUGAAAAGGAAGCGUUCUCUGUGACGGGCGCCGCCUUAAGUCCACUGGAAAGUGGCGGCAGAGAGGGUGACACCCCCGUCGGGCGACGACCCGUCACUCCACGAGACGCAUCCGAAGAGUCGGGUUGCUUGGGAGUGCAGCCCCAACAUGGGUGGUAAGCUCCAUCCAAGGCUAAAUACGGCCAGGUUUCCGAUAGCGAACAAGUACCGCGAGGGAAAGAUGAAAAGAACUUUGGAAAGAGAGUAAAAAGUGCUUGAAAUCGUCAGGAGGAUAAGCGCAUGAGCCCAAGCAAACCUGCGGGCCCCGUUCGCGCGGGGCCCGGAGGUACGCAGCGCCGGUCGAUGCCGCGGGAAAAGGAGCUCGCUCCCACCGCGGCGGAGACCGAGGAUGACCCUCACGGGUCGGCGCUGGCGAAACGGGCUGAUGCGACCCGUCUUGAAACACGGACCAAGGAGGCCAACGCGGCUGCGAGCCAAUGGGUUGGAAACCACAAUGGCGACAGUGAAAGCGACCCGUGAGAAGGCGGCCUCGUGCUGCCCGCACCACGGACCGCCCCGGGGGCCUCGGCGCCCGGGGUGCGUUGAGUAGUCGCGUUGGGACCCGAAAGAUGGUGAACUAUGCCUGAGCAGGGCGAAGCCAGAGGAAACUCUGGUGGAGGCCCGCAGCGCUACUGACGUGCAAAUCGUUCGUCAGACUUGGGUAUAGGGGCGAAAGACUAAUCGAACCAUCUGGUAGCUGGUUCCCUCCGAAGUUUCCCUCAGGAUAGCUGGUGCUCGAUACGUGGUUACGUCUGGUAAAGCGAAUGAUUGGCGGGCUCGGGGGAGAAGCUCCCUCGACCGACUCUCAAACUUUAAACGGGCGAGGAGGGCCGCCAUCUUAAUUGUGGCUGGCUUUCAGGGGUGCUGGCUGACCCCACCAACAUGAGUGCCAAGUGGGCCAUUUUUGGUAAGCAGAACUGGCGAGGCGGGAUGAACCGAAAGCCGGGUUACGGUGCCUAACUACGCGCUAACCUAGAUCCCACAAAGGGUGUUGAUUGAUUAAGACAGCAGGACGGUGGUCAUGGAAGUCGAAAUCCGCUAAGGAGUGUGUAACAACUCACCUGCCGAAUCAAUUAGCCCCGAAAAUGGAUGGCGCUCAAGCGCGUGACCUAUACCCGGCCGCACCCGGCUGCUGGUGAGCCGGUGCGAGUAGGAGGGCGCGGUGGGAUGCAUCGAAGCGUGCG